GUCCGGGUUUGUUUGAUUUAAAGCAAUUUGCUGGGCCAUGGGGAACUUGAGCACAUGCUGCCACUCGAACGAAGCUGAGAAAGCUGAGCAAGUUGAGGCUGGCACACACGGGUGUCUUAAGCCCUCCGAGCCACCCCUCGCCAGUGAAGGGCUCAGCCAGGGCGAGCCAAUCGAUGCCGUGACGUCUGGCCAUCUCUCUGAGGGUACCUUGACGAGGGAUCUCACGCGAAGUGCGAUGUCCCCGGAACUGCUGCGCGGGGUCGAGUUGCGCAGGACCUUGCGGAAGCGAGGCAUGAUCUGGAGGUACAAGCCCACGGACUUGAGCCUGGAGCAACGAGGAGAGCUGUACGAACACUCGACACACGUUCAGCGCCUUGAUAUCUUUCUGUCCCACAGCUGGAUGACAGCUGGAAGAUGGAAAUACAUCUCCCUUCUUUGUCAGUUUGGUUGGCGCUCCAUGUUGAUGGCAUGGGUCCUGGGCAUUCUCCUCGCAUUCCUGCUAUGCUUGUUGGAUGUUCUUCCUCAAUUUCUGCACGUGAGUAUCAUUGCCACCGAUGACCCUUAUCCUGCAAGCUGUUGGCUCAUGAUCUUCGGCUGGACUUUUGCCCUUGCCGGCUUGCUUCUCGCACCCUACCAGCCCCCCUGCCGCUUCGUUCGCAGCUCGGAGCUCUGCUUCCUGGAUGCGGUUUGUGUUCAUCAGGCAGACCCCCUGCUGAUGCGCCAGGGGAUCGACAACAUCGUGGGCUUUUUGGAAGCCUCUAAAGAGUUGAGAGUGCUAUGGAGUCCUCCCUACCUCUCCAGGUUGUGGUGCAUCUUCGAGCUCGCAGCCUAUCGCAAAAUGAAGCCCGGUGGAAAGAUCUCCUUUGCGCCCGUCUUCGUGGAGGCAUCCACCCUGCAGAUCUUCAUGUGGCUCUACACGUUGAACUUCGCCUGGUGGAUCUCCCGAACUCUGAGGCUGAACACUGCGUGGUUUCUCAUCACCAUGCUGCUGCUGGUGUCAGGAGGAUGUGCACUAAUUCACGCCUUGCGCUUGAGCUACGUCUCCAAGAGGAGUUUGAUUACUGGAAUGGAGGAAUUUGAUGUUCAUCAAGUCGAAUGCUUGAAUGAGUCGGACCGCACCAGCAUCCAUGCCGCGAUCGUGAAGUGGUAUGGUAGCUUGGAGGCCUUUUCGGAGUACGUGCGAGGACCCUUGCGGCAAGAUGUCUUGGAACCCAUGAAGGCUCCUGGGAGCCUUCCAUUUGGAUACAUGUGCAUACUGGCCACGCCAGCGGUGACCACCUGUUUUGAAGGUGUGCUAGCCUUCAUCAAGGUCAACAAGUCAUGGGAAGCGAUCUUGCGCUACAGUCUGAGCUAUAUCUUUUGUUUUGCUCUUUGUUGGCUCCCCGCUGUCCUAUUGCUGAUGAUCUUCCUUUGCGAGUCGUGGGCCACACCCAGAUCGUCAUGUGCAUCUGGGUUUCAGACCUUGGGAAUAGUUCUUCUCGGGUGUAUGCUAUCCAUGCUUGGCGCCGCUGGAGCAUUGGGAGCCUAUUUCGGAGGACUUGCAGCCAUUCUACUGUGGCUAGGCGUUUCACUCCUCUUUGCUGGCAUUGUUUGGCGUUAUUGCGGGCACCGUCGAGCUUGAAGUCUUGAUGCGGAGGUUGUUCUGUAGUGUGUAGGGUAGGAUGGACAUGCAACAUGCAACUCAAAUUAAGGGAUUGCUCAGACUUGGGGAGGCUUGUUGUGAAAGCGCCAGUCAUACAUGCCAACACGGUGGUCUUUUUAGGCUGAAUCUGAAAGAUGAAGCUAAACCACUGUAAAGGGAAGCAGCUUCAAAAGAAGGUAACAAGUAUUUGAGAUGGACUGUAGGUGUUUGUAAUCACAACAAUGAAUCGUAAAAGCACUGUCUUGUUUGCCAAUCAUAGACGGUUUCGGAAGAUGGAAACGACGACAAAGCACCGUUGGGAGCAGGUUUUGGGAGCAGCUCGAAUGACAUGUUCAUGUUCUUUCCAUCAACUUCUUGUGAUCAGCAACACAUCCAUGC